AGGCUGGAGCGCGAGUUCGAGUCGGAGGCCGGCAUCCUCGGCGGCGUCCGGCACAAGAACAUCGUCAGUCUCCUGUGCUGCCUCUCCCACGCCGACUCCGGCGACAAGCUCCUCGUGUACGACCACAUGGACAACGGCAGCCUCGACGGGUGGCUCCACAGGCACGCUCUCCCCCACGGCGCCGGGCACUCCGCGUCGUCCGGCGAGGGUGAUUUGGACUGGCCCACGAGGAUCAGAGUCGCCGUGGGCGCCGCGCAGGGGCUCUGCUACAUGCACCACGAGUGCUCCCCGCCCAUCGUUCACCGGAACGUCAAGACCAGCAACAUCUUGCUGGACUCCGAGUUCCGAACCAAGGUCGCAGACUUCGGGCUGGCCACGAUGCUGGUGCAGGCCGGCACGCCCGACACCAGGUCGUUCGGCUACAUGGCUCCAGGUAAGGAACCAAACCAUCCCUGGUCGUCACUCGUCAGUAGCUAGAUUUUCACACCGUCAUAUGCUGGUGUGCAGAGUGCGCUAACACGACGAGUGUGACGGAGAAGGUGGACGUGUACAGCUUCGGCGUGGUGCUCCUGGAGCUCACCACCGGGCGGGCCGCCAACGACGGCGGCGAGGACGGGUACCUGGCGGAAUGGGCGUGACGCCUGUGCCAAUCAAGAGGAAGCAUCCCCGAAGCCACAGAUAGUCGCAUCAGAUACGCGGGGUUCUCGGAGGAGAUCGAAUUCGUGUUCAGGCUAGGCGUGAUGUGCACGACAGCGUCGCCGCCGUCGUCGCGGCCGAACGUGAAGGUCGUGCUGCAGAUGCUGCUCAAGUGUUCCGAGCAGACGCACCAGAAGGGCAGGGCGACUCCGCUCUUGCAGACGCUCCGGGAGUACACGAGUGACUUCGACAGCACUGUCUGAAUUAAGGAGCGACAGCGCCUGUAAGCAGGCAAAGGAUGAAGCUCAUUCAAGUAGUACUACAAGUUUAGCAUACUGUAGGAGAGGAGAGGGUUACAAUUCCAAACCUAGCUCCACAUUCUUUUGAUUGAUUAGCCAGGU